AAAAAAAAGAAAAAGAAAAAGAAGGUGCUGGCGGCAUGGAAAGGGGCUACGGACUUGGAGAACAAAGUAAUGGAGAAGUAAAGAAGCAUUUGCAAACACGUCAAGUGCUCUGAGAAUUUCUUCAUCACAAAUUAAGGUACUAGCACAUUAUAAAAUAAUAUGUUUUGCUUUAGUUAACAACGUCAAAAGUAAGCAGUGAACUGAAAAGAAGUCCCAGACCCAGUUAUAUGCGUGCAUAUAAGGUAAAAUAUGAAAGGAAAAGAAGAAAUAUUGAACUGAGCAUGCAUGAUGAUGUUGAAACAAGUAGCUUCAUUGGUAGUUGGGAUGAAUGCAAGCUUAAGAAACAAGAGCUGCUGCCUCCAAUCUUAAUCAGGCAAAGUGAGAAGGAUUCAGUCAACUGUUCAUUGGGAAAUCUCCUUACUUACCCAUUGAUGGAAGAAAAAGUCCGGAAUGAAGCUGAUAAUUUCCGUGGUAGGCCUUCGGAUUUCCGUUGUCAUUGGGCUUCAACCACACUGAGUGGUCCACUAAGGGAGAAUAGUGAGCGGGCAAAAAGAAAAGAAGAAUGCGCUGAAUUUUGAGGGUGGAGUAGCCCAAUUUUUACAAAGUUGGUGAGAAUAAGCAUAUCUAAUACUCUCUUCAUUGAACUUUUUUUUUUAUGUACCUAAAGAAUAAUUAUCGAGAAUCUUAUCUUUGAAGUUGGAAUGAGAAAGAAUUACUGGACAGAGGAUGUACAUAUUAAAUAGGUAAUUUAACUAUAUAUAUAUAUGUGUGUGUAUAAAACCCUCCAAUUGAGCUCCCUCUAGUUUCUCUGGAGAAAAAUUUCCUCUCCAUUCAUUUUUUUUUUUCUAUCUCGGACUUCAAUGGAUUGUCUUUGAUGGCCCUUCCGGAUAGUGUUUCGCUCCGACAUGGUGAAGGAUUUCUCUUCUCUUUCUUGUAUGGUUUUUUUACAGUUUUGAGUGUAUUUAUAUUGUUUCAUAGAUCUUGAGGUCAAAUGGUGGGGGGCCUUUGUAAUUGAAUUGUUUAGUGCUUGGUCUUUAGUCUAGGGAUUUGUUCUGUGCGUUAAGAGGGCUUCUUGCUUCGAUUGUUUCACAUCUCUUGAAUUUACUACUACAUCACGGCUGGGAAGGUCGUUCAAAUGACCUAUGAGGAUCAAAGAGCUCUGGCAACACCUCCUUCUUGUUGUAGAGCUGAGCUUUAUAUUUUGUUGAGGAAGAUGGGAGGUAUGCACUAUUAGGUGAGUUGUUGUGCUAUGAUGGGCGACGAUAGUUGCUAUUAUUGGCAAAAUUAUUGGCUUUGUUAUCUGCUUAGCACUUCUGGUAGUGGCAAGCUCUGUAGAUGAUAGGCAACAUACUUUUCUAUUUUGUGCUUUUCUUUGUAAACCUAGGUUCUAUAGGUUGGGGAUGAGUCAACUUGUGAGUUAUGGUUUUUUGGUUGGCUUUGGGUUUGAUUUGAUUUGUUGGGCUAGUUACUAACAUCACAGUGUUGGCUUCGUUUUUCUCUUUAUUUGUUCUAGACUCGGAUGAAUUCUCUUA